AUGGAUGCUAUUCCCAAGACCCCUGGAGGCUCAGCUUCCGGCUCAGCAGUUGACGUCCCAGCGGGCUUUGCUAUUUUGCCCAUUGACGUCGAGACAAUCGGUACUGUUCCCAUGGACGGAGUAGCUACGGUUGCGAAAGUCAUUGAUUCUGUGUUUGGAAUGGCGCGUUCGCCCCAAGACCUUGCUUUGAUCACAGACGCUAUCACGAAGUAUCCUGCCCUACCACCAGCUGGAUAUUUGAAAGCAAUGACUAACAAGAGGUACGGCAUCCGCCUUGGGUUCCUGGGCGAGUCGCUCUGGAGGUUACCGAACUUUCUAUGUGAACUGGCGGUGAAGCAAUCAGUCAGAUGGACGAAGAAUCCUAUACCGGCGGUCAUCGGAACUCUUCGUAGGCAUGGUGUCCAUAUUCAGUAUCCCGUAAGCAUUCCCCGAGGAGAGGAUGCUUGGCCAAGUCUAGGCAAGAUCAUGCGAGAACACGAGUUCCCUUCCGCCAUGGACGAGUAUCUCGAGGGCUUGGAGCAUUCGAAAGUCCACAGCCCUGAGGAGCCCGUGUAUCUGGACUCCAUUGGGAUAUUGACUGAUAGCCCAUUAUCCAGCGUGGCCACUGCUGCUGGGAACCCGAUAUGUACGAUGCCUUUAGGAACUCUGAGGCUCAACGGACGUUUCAUUUGGUGUGAGCUUCAUUGCAAAGCAGUUUAG